CAGUCAGGCUGCCUACCCCGCCCUCCAGCGCCUGCGCGAGAGCCUCGAUCAUAAACCCAGAUUCAAAGAUAUAGCCGAGCUCGCAUCCCUCAACGAUAUCCCCGAGACAGUUGCCCUGCGUUGCACUUACCAUCGUCCGCUAGCUCUCCAAGCCGACAUGGAGAUCGACUCUACCUUCAAGGAGCUGAACCCCGAGCACCUGCUGUUCGCGGUUCGCCAGAUCACUUCCCGUGUGUUUACGCUCGCGAUUCGGUGCGAGAGAGAUGUUGUAUCUGGGGAGAACGAGGGCAAUGGGGACAGUGGAGGCAUUGAAGCCAAUAGCGGGGACAACAGGGGCGAUCGGGAGGAGUGCGCUUGGCUGGCCUACGAUCUCACCUUCAAAAUGAUCGAUUCUGCAGCUGCUGCCAUCGUGAAGGCCACCGCCGAAGGAUGGGAGAUAGACGGUGAAUACCAGAAGUACGCCCAAGCUGUGAUAGGAGAUAUGUAUCGGGUAUGGCGACGGGUCCAACUAAUCGCCUGGCCGCUGGGGGGAAGAGACAUCUCUAGGGAUCUGGAUCGACUCAGAGAGAGCUGGGCUGUGUUUAGAAGCACUCGUCUAACUCCGUACAAAUUCGUGAACAAGGAUUUGGAGAGGGGACGAGACCGCUCCCCUAAGAAGGAUGCUGAAAGCUUCUCGACUGCGGCGCAAUCCAUGCCUCCGAUUCGACAUCAGGCGGUAUUUCUCCUUUUCUUUGAUCACCCAGCAUCCCUAGCUCGAGUGCUGCUCGGGACCGCUCUCCUCACCAACAUUGAUAGCGUACCAACAUCAAGUUUGAAAUAUUCGCAUCUUGUUAUAUGGGCGAGAAGUGGUGCUGCUUGGAAUGAUCAGAGGUCUGGAAUAGUCCUCAGAAUGCACGCUAUCCCUUCAACCGCUUUUCAAAGUGCGCAAUAUGCGUGGCAUUUUGUAAUGACUAGCGAGGUGAUUUCAUACCGCAAUGCUCAGAAUGACUUGUAAAAUGCGAGCACGCACCGCUACACCAUGAACGAGGUGGCCCAGGUGUAGACCCAGCAUCGGAUAUGGGAGACCCGUGUCGAAAGAGACA